UGCGUCGUACAUUCGUAACCCUAGCAACGGCUUCUGCUGUUGUUGCUCGUCUCAAGAUGGCGGACGAGGAGAAUGCAACGGUGCUCCCAGUUUCCACUGAAGCCAAGAAGCGGCGUGCGCCUAAAGCUCCAGAGCUUCCCAUUGUGGAGAGAAGAAACUGGCUGAUCCACCAGCACUAUCUGCGCAAAGACUAUGAGACCUGCAAGGUGAUCAUUAAAGAGCAGCUGCAGGAAACGAGUGGGAUGUGUGAAUAUGCCAUAUAUGUUCAAGCACUAAUCUUACGUCUUGAGGGGAAGAUCCAGGAGUCCCUGGAGCUGUUUCAGAGCUGUGCCAUCCUUAAUCCCAACAGCUCUGACAACCUCAAGCAAGUGGGCCGAUCACUAUUUCUUCUUGGAAAGCACAAAGCAGCUAUCGAAUUCUACCACGAAGCUGCGAAACUUAACGAGAAAGACUGGGAGAUCAUUCAUAACCUGGGCGUGUGUUAUUACUUCAUCAAAGAUUUCAAACAUGCUGAGGAACAUCUAAACACCGCUCUCCAGAUACAUAAACAUGACAAGACCUUCCUGAUGCUCGGAAAGGUUCAUCUGCUGGCUGGAGAAUCGGACAAGGCCAUUGAGGUGUACAAGAGAGGAGUGGAAUUCUCUCCAGAGAACACCGAGCUGCUGACCACUCUUGGCCUCCUUUUUCUGCAGCUUGGGAAGUACCAAAAAGCGUUCGAGCACCUUGGGAAUGCCCUCACUUUCGACCCCAAUAAUUAUAAGGCCAUCCUGGCUGCAGGCAGCAUGAUGCAAACCCACGGUGACUUUGAUGUGGCCAUGAACAAGUACAGAGUGGCGGCGUGCGCCGUGCGGGAGAGCCCCCCUCUCUGGAACAACAUCGGCCUGUGCUUCUUUGGCAAGAAGAAAUACGUAGCCGCCAUCAGCUGCCUGAAGCGUGCUCACUACUUGUCUCCCUUUGACUGGAAAAUGUUGUACAACCUGGGGCUGGUCCACCUGACCAUGCAGCAGUACGCGUCGGCUUUCCAUUUCCUCAGUGCAGCCAUUAAUCUCAACCCGCGAAUGGGGGAGCUCUACAUGUUGCUGGCAGUUGCUUUGACUAAUUUGGAAGAUGUGGAGAAUGCCACCAGAGCGUAUGAACAAGCCGCAAAUCUUGAUGACAGAUCCAACCCCAUGGUCAACCUGAACUUUGCAAUAUUCCUUUACAAUCACGGCGACAAGGCGAGAGCCCUGGACCAAUAUCAGGAAUUAGAAAGGAAAGUCAACCAACUUCGGGACAGCAGCAGCAACUUUGAGUUUGAUCCCGAGCUGAUGGACAUGGCUCAGAAGAUGGGGGCCGCUCUGCAGGUCACAGAGAGCCUGGUGUGGACUAAGCCAGGCAAGGACUCCAAAUCCAAACCUCACUCGGAAGCAGCGGCCAAAACCCCGGGGGCUCCUCUAGGCACCAACCAAGCUCUGGGUCAGGCCAUGUCGUCAGCUGCCAGCUACAACAAGAACCUCCAGCUAGCAACAGGAGUUUCCAAAGGCCCUUCUACAUCUCUUGAGCCAGAGCCCGGUGUAGAGGAUGCCCCCGCCCCCCCGGCUGACCCUCCAGGCCCCCUAGAACCUCAAGAUCCAGACGGGUCCAAACCCAGAACCUCCAAGAGGAAAUCUAAGGUGGAAGAAUGAAGUCAUUUAGUGGCUGCACAUGUCUCUCAUGAGAGGUUUUUAAUGUUACUGUAGGCAGAUGUGAGACUUUUAGGCACACAGAGAUCUAAUUUCCUGCAAAUCCACUUACUCUACAGUAAAACAAACAAAAAAAAAAGUCAGGGUCAUUUUUUCAUAUUUGUUCAUCUGACCUGUUUGGUGUAGUGUUAAAACCGCCUCCAACAGGUUUCUCUGCUUAACAAUGUUUAUGUUCAACCAAAAAGCAGCAGGAGCCUCUGCAAAGUGCCGCGUGUUCAUACUGGUAAAGAAGCUUUGCUUUAAGCGGAAAGGAUCCGUUUUCCACGUCCCUACAUUCCUGUAGAGUCCACUACAGCCGUGACAAUCUGAGUUCGAGCCAAGAAGGUGUGCACACAGCGAUGUUUUUCAACAUUUGUAUUAAAGGACUUUAUUGCAAACCACCAUAGUGGCUUUUUUUGUGUGGAUAACUGUUGUGUUUAUAGAGAAUAAAGUAUUUAAUAUUAGAUAAACGA